CAGAAUUUCGACUAUCUCUUAGUGCUAGAUUUUGAAGCCACUUGUUGUGACGACGGAAAAAUACUUCCUUAUCAGGAAAUCAUAGAGUUCCCGGUUGCGAAGCUUGAUGUUCGCUCGUGGACGGUCAAUUCGUAUUUCCAUCAAUAUGUGAAACCAACUGUCAACCCCGUCAUCACAUCGUUUUGUACACAUCUUACUGGUAUCAUCCAGGAAAUGGUCGACGAACAACCAACUAUUGACAGGGUUCUGAGCGAUUUCGACGACUGGCUGAAGAAGGGGCGACUUCAUAGCGGUAUAGACGACGUGAAAACUAUAUGCUCUUUAACGUCAGCUAUUGCUCAGGAAGGAUAUGUUUUCAGGUUCGUUCUAGAAGAUAUU